GCUCAGAUGAUUCUGCUCACCCUCAUGUGACCUGCUGAAGAAUGAUGUGGGUUGCCAGGUGCUAGAAGCAAUUGGCGCAGCGUGACAGAACCCUCAGAUGAUGCAUCCUCCAUCUUUACACUAUAAUGAUUUCAGUGGAACAUGCAGAAGAGUGUCAGGCAGCAUUCAAACACAAUCUCUGCGUUUUCAUCCGAAGAGGCGACAGCUCUGACAGUCGACGUCGAGCUGCAUACAAAUGCGGUGGCGUUCAGCACUUCUGCCUGAGGAAGCGUCACUAAUGGCUGCCAGGCCGUCCCACAUCUACAGCUCCAAGUGCACGUAAAUGCCUCACAAUGCCUUCAAAAGUGUCAUGCCUCUACGUGUUGACGGUGGUUUGCUGGGCCAGCGCUCUGUGGUAUCUAAGUAUAUCCCGACCAACGUCAUCCUACGUCAACCAACUGUCCGCUCCGGCACGGAAAACGGUGAAAACGUUGAAAAGCAAUGCAACCACAACAUUCGGGAACAUCCGAACGCGUCCACUAAACCCUCACGGAUUUGAUUUCAUCAUCAACGAGCCCAAGAAAUGCGAAACCAACGUGCCAUUCCUCGUUAUUCUCAUCACAACAACGCACAAAGAGUUCGACGCCCGGCAGGCUAUUCGAGAAACAUGGGGCGAUGAAAGCACAUUUAGCGACCUGCGCAUUAUUACACUGUUUCUUCUGGGACGCAGUACGGAUGUGGUGCUCAAUCAGAUGGUGGAGCAAGAAAGCGAGAUCUUUCACGAUAUCGUAGUCGAGGAUUUUAUCGACUCGUAUCACAAUCUAACCCUCAAAACGCUUAUGGGAAUGCGCUGGGUGGCCACCUUCUGCAACCAAGCCAAGUAUGUGAUGAAAACAGACAGCGACAUCUUCGUCAACAUGGAUAAUUUGGUGUAUAAGCUGUUAAAACCGGCUACAAAACCUAGACGGAGGUACUUCACUGGAUACGUCAUUAAUGGUGGACCAAUACGGGACAUGCGUAGCAAAUGGUACAUGCCUAGAGAUCUUUAUCCCGAGAGCAAAUACCCACCUUUUUGUUCUGGAACAGGAUAUGUGUUUUCAGCAGACGUUGCGGAGCUCAUCUAUAAGACUUCCCUGCACACUAGACUCCUGCAUUUGGAGGAUGUUUAUGUCGGCGUGUGUUUGAGGAAGCUGGGAAUCCACCCGUAUCAGAACAGUGGCUUCAAUCACUGGAAAAUGGCCUACAGUCUUUGCAGGUACCGGCGGGUCAUCACCGUCCACCAGAUCUCCCCUGAAGAGAUGCAUCGCAUCUGGAAUGACAUGACCAGCAAGAAGCAUCUCAAGUGUUAAGGCGGAUGUCUGAGGAGGUGUAUGUGUGCCCUUUUUUGAUACCCAUAGUGCAACCUGAAGCCUUGGGAUGAUUUUCCUAGAGAAAAAGAACACAAACAUCUCUGUGGAGCAGUUUUCAGAUGCAGCCGUGGAUCACAGUUGGCAAGAUGUGCUAUUCGUGUUGAUAUUACAGCUUUUUGUUUGUAAAGGUUCAACAUGCUGGUGCUUCUUUUUGUCCGGAUGCACAGCAGAUGUGUUGAAUGAAUGUCCUUAAAUGGUUAGUUCAAGCUAAAAUGUAAAUUCUGCUAUUAAUUACUCACCCUCAAGUGCUUUCAAUUCUCUGCCAUUAUCUUCAGAACACAAGUGAAGGUAUUUUAGAUGAAAUCCAAGAGCUCUCUCAUCCUCCUUGGGCAGCAAUGGUUCUCAGUGUUUAAAGUCUAGAAAAUUAACCAAAAACAAAACAACUUUAAUCCAAUAAAGCUCCAGGGAGGCUUUUGUAAAACUGUAAAUACAACUGUGCGUUUACUAAGUACUGUCAUUAAGCUCAAGGCAUACAAAGCUGACGUCAAAGAACAAUCGGCGACAAAAACUGACGGUGUUUUCACCUAAUGUGAGCUGCGUUUGGUCCUGCCUGGACAAAAAAAUUGAUGUGAACACAAACAGAUGACAGCUGACUGAAAUGACAGGGUAUGUGCUGCACCUGCAUGAGAGUAUGUAUUUUUCCAUACCAGCAGGUGGCAGCAGUCUCAUGACUCAUUCCAUAAAGGGAAACCGAAAAUUAUGGUAAACACAAAACGUAAACAAAGCAGCGUUUGCAUACCAUUGUUGCAUAACUCUCGCCUACCACAGGGGUUGUUUAUAAAUAUUUAAGAGAUGCGAUAAAAUGAAAGCCGGAUUCUGUGUUUCCUCUUGAUUUGCAUUGUUUGCUUGGUUUUGUAACUUCAGUUUUGUUCUCGUGCUCUGAUUUGUAGCUUAACAGUCAAUCCGAGUGCUCUAUUUCAGGGGCUUCCAAACUUUUUAGCCUUUGACCCCAAAAUAACAAUGCAAGUGACACGCAACCCCCAAUAUUCUCUGAGGUGGUUAUAAAUAUGAAAACCUUGCAAACGCAAAAUGUCUCACACACACUAAUAGGCCCAUGUCUAUUCUUGGAUAAUUUUGGAGAACACCACUCUGAGUUUAUCUUCCAUCUUCAGUUGUGGCCUGUAUUUAUUUUGAAUGUAUAUGAGUGCCGUAAAGGUGUCAAAGUUUACCCUGGUGCCAUAAAAUCAAUCUGCUACAUCUGAUCCUAUUGCUGUGUCUUUAA